UAUUAGAUGUAAAAACUUUUCAAGCAGUGUUAAGUUUGGAAUUGGUGUUUGUUCUAUCAAGGUCAAAAGGGUUUUAGCCAUGCUGUACAACUAUUUAAUCUGGUUUUACUUCCUAAAUCUUCUACUAGUCACACUAUCCCGAGAGAUCUGCAGUGUACAAACCCUCCGUGAUUCGAAAAUCACACGUCGUUCUUCUGUCCCUCCUAGUUUAUUAAACAACUUCCCAAUUGAAUGCAACGUCUUCGUUGCUGGGACAGGAGAACAGGUUGUACAAACCUCAAGUAAUGGGGAGAAAGAUGUAGAUGACCACGAACAGGUUCUCGACCUUAACCAAACGCUGGCAGUAACAGUUGCCUUGCAACCAGAAAACACCGUCUGCUAUGACGAUCUGGGUUGCAUUACUCGUUUCUCGUUUGCUGACCCGUUACUAUGGCCGAUUAAUUUAUUGCCAGAGGACAGAGAAAAGAUCGAUACUCAUUUCACGCUCCACACAAGAGAAAACCCUAAUCCGCAGCCUCCAAUUCGAAUAUCAGCUGACGAUCCAAAUAUGAUUUCUGCAACGACAUUUAAAGCGACUCGCCAAACAAAAUUUUUUAUCCAUGGCUGGAACAACGAUGGAUAUGAAGAGAUCUUCCAAGAAUUAUUACAAAACCUAUUGAAAAAGGGCGAUUUCAAUGUGAUUGGCGUUCAUUGGGGUGGAGGUUCGUUUGCUAUUUAUUUCCAAGCGCACGCCAACACUCGCCUAGUUGGUCUGGAAAUUGCUCUACUUGUCAACACAAUGGUGGAGAAACUUGAUGUCAAGGCGGCCGACGUUCAUUUGAUUGGGCACAGCCUCGGUGCACACACUGCAGGCUACGCCGGAGAGCAGAUUCCUAAUCUGGGACAAAUUACAGGUCUGGAUCCUGCCGGACCAUAUUUCCGGAGAAUGCCCUCCUUUGCUCGUUUAGAUUACACCGAUGCUCAAUUUGUUGACGGCGUUCAUACUGACGGUGGUUUCAUAGGUAUUAAAGAACCUGCGGGUCACUUAGAUUUCUAUCCAAACGGCGGUGGAAACCAGCCCGGUUGUCAAACUUCUGAGUGGUCGGACUUUUGUGAUCCUUUUGCCGCUUUGACAGACACUAUUGGUUGUGAUCACAUGCGAGCAAUUCAUUACUACAGCUCAUCUCUAAAGGAUAUCUGCCAAACUGUUGGAUACGAAUGCUCUGAUUAUGAUUCCUUCAAUAACGGCAAGUGCACAUCAUGCGGAUCGGACAAUACCAAGUGUGCCCUUUUUGGAUUGGAUGCUAUUAAAUAUCCAUCCCGAGCCCGGGUUAAUGUCAAACUUUACUUCAAUACUGUCAAAGAUGAUCCAUAUUGCGCAUUCCAGUAUAUCGUUUCAGUUAAAUUGGCUAACCCUCGUGUUGCCAAACCCACUGUUAGCGGCUUACUCCGAUUGUCUGUAAUGGGAGAAACAGACUUCAUCCCUAAUUUUUCGCUGCCGAAGUCGGUUUUGGAGCACGGCAAAGAUCACCGGUUUCUCGUGAGUUCCCCAUCUAGCCUGGGCCCAAUCAAAAAAGUCUUUCUUCAAUGGAUAUACAUCCAUUUCGAUUUGCUAGAUCCCAGUUGCUUUUUUGGGAUCUGCAACAAAAGACUUUACGUCAACAGCGUCACCGUAUCAUUGGUCAACAGUUAUCCGGAAACGAACAAAAUCGCCAACACUUAUGUGAAUUGUCCACGUUAUUCACCUGCAGUUAUUCCCCCGUUUCAAAACAUGGAAUUCAGUGUUGAAAACAGUUGUUCUUCAACCUUCCAGCUUCUAAAUGUUAUCUGGAAUGUUGAGCCUUGGAUUUUUUACUAACGGUAGAGUUGUCACGUGGAGUUAAUUUAAACCAUUAAAAAUUUAAACAUUUUAA